CAGCUUCCUAGGGUUUUGCUUAUUGAAGACGCAACUGGCCUUCUCUGGUCAACCUUUUGAUUGUCAAAAUUGCGCAAAACCUCUGUUGCUGUCGGCUGUCCAGUGAAAAGAUCGAAGGAGAGAGUAGCAGAAAAUUUAAGGAACAGGGAAGGCAGAGAGAGAGAGAGGGAGAAAAUGGAAGGAGAGAUCUACAACUUCUCCAAGUUAUGCAUCACAGCUUUGAUGUCUAUGUGCUACUGCUACAUAGUUGGCAGGACCAUCCCAAAAGGUACUCAAAGACUCUUAGCGAUGCUACCCGUCGUGGCUCUGUUUCUUUAUCUUCCUCUUAAUCUCUCCACAGUGAAUCUUAGCGGCCAAACUGGCUUCAUCCUUUCCUGGCUUGGCAACUCCAAACUCCUCCUCUUUGCCUUCGGCAAAGGGCCUCUAUCUUCAGAUCCAUCCAUCUCUCUUCCAUGCUUCUUGGCCAUUGCUUGCUUACCCAUCAAGAUCCAACAGACCCCACUUCGAGAAUCACCGCAGAGGACAGACAGCACCGAAGAUCAGACAAACCCACCUCACAAAGGCCAUCGUAAAAUAAAACCACUUCCUCAAAAUCCUGAAAACACUAGACAGAAAGCUAUCUUGUCCCUGAACUAUCCCACAAAAGCUUUGCUUUUUCUGAUGCUAUUACAUUUAUACGAUUAUGGCGACCACUUCCAUCCGAACGUGAUCUUGUUCCUCUAUUGCUGCCACAUAUACCUUGCGCUUGAGCUGAUCUUAGCCUCCAUACAAGCCGCAGCUCGAGUAGGCUUUGGGAUGGAACUGGAGCCGCAGUUCCAUGAGCCGUACCUGUCGUCUUCCCUUCAGGACUUCUGGGGGAAGCGGUGGAACCUCAUGGUCACCAACAUCCUGCGAUCGACCGUCUACAAACCGGUCCACAGUGCUGCGUCAGCGGUUGUUGGGCCCAAGUGGGCUGCACUGCCGGCAGUGAUGGCCGCUUUCCUGGUGUCGGGGCUCAUGCACGAGCUGAUAUUCUUCUACAUGGGGUGCGUGAAGCCCACUUGGGAGGUCACGUGGUUUUUUGUGUUCCACGGGGCAUGUUUGGUGGUCGAGGUGGUGGUGAAAAGGAAGUAUGGCGCGAAGUGGCGGUUGCCGAGGGCCUUGGCCGGUCCAAUGAUCGUGACAUUUGUAAUGGUGACCGCAUCUUGGCUGUUUCUUCCACCGCUGCUGAGGGAUGGUGUGGACAAGAAGGGGUUGGAAGAGUACGCAGCUGCAGGCGCGUUCAUUAAGGACGUCAGUCGAGUUGUGAUGUCUCGGAUUUCAUAGAAUACGUCGAUUGAAUAUCUCAUGAUGAUUCUAACAAAUCAGAGAGUUGGGAAUAGGUCUCUCUUGUUUCUUCAUGUGAAUGCCGGCAUCGGAUUUCCAUUUUUC